AUGGUUUUUGAUGAAAUUUUAGGUCUCGCACUGGAAUAUACGCAAGGCGGUGACGUGAAGACAAAAAUGAUCGAUCUAUUGGAUUUGUCCGCCGAAACGGACGUAAGAGCAUUAGCGGAGAGUAUAAAAGCAGCCGAACCUGUAAUAACCGAAAGUGUAAUGGACCAGUUAGUCGAGACCUUGCAGAAGCUGCAGGCUAAACUGCAGGCUAAAGUUUGCGACACAAAUGCCAAGCAUUACUACAAAUACAAAACCUUACAGACUCAUCUUUUACCGGUCACGAGCAUAGCGCUCGAUAAACUAGGUAAAAGAUGCUUGACAGGCAGCUAUGACCGAACUUGUAAAGUUUGGGACAUUGACAGUGGAACGGAGCUUCUUACUCUCGAAGGCCAUAAGAACGUGGUCUAUGCUGUCUCCUUCAACAAUCCAACUUCAACGGCAAAAGUCUGGUGCUCACGGACGGGUCAUUGCCUCGCAACCAUGUGGGGUCACGACGCGGAAGUAGUGGUAGCUAAAUUCUCACCGACGCAAUGCAGCCUGACGACCGGCUCCAUUGACGCAACGUCAAAAAUAUUCCAUGUAGAAACCGGUCAGGAAUUGGGCACGUUGAGAGGCCAUACGGCGGAAGUUAUUGCGCUGCAUUACAACGAUGAUGGAAAUCAGAUCAUAUCGGGUUCCUUUGACGGGACCGUGAACAUCUGGGAUGCAAGGACUUUUGCACGAACGAGCGUACUGGUCGGGCAUCACGCGGCGUUGUCCAACUGCCUCUACAACUUCGACUGUUCGCUGAUCGCGUCGUCGUCGAUGGAUAAAAGCGCGAAGAUAUGGGAUGCGAGGAUGAAUUCCUGCGUGGCCACGCUGCGGGGACACGAGGACGAACUUCUGGAUCUCGCUUUCGACAACAACGGCAAGAAACUGGCGACAGCCAGCAGCGACACUACCGCGCGAGUUUGGGAUAUAAGCAGCACGUUUCAACAAUUGACUCUGAUGAAAGGCCAUCAGGAGGAAGUUUCGAAAGUGUGCUUCAGUCCGAACGGUCGUCAGCUUCUAACCGCUUCCUUGGACAGAACAGCCAGACUGUGGUCUGUAGACGACGGCUCCUGCUUUCAGCAAUUAAAAGGUCACACCGACGACGUCUUCGCUUGUGCGUUCUCGUACGCGGGGGAUAGCAUAAUUACCGCUAGCAAGGAUAAUACAUGCACGAUCUGGAGAUGA